ACUCACUGAUCUUUAAAUGUGCUGUUUAAAUAACAAAAUAAAAAUUAUCAUCCCGAAAUACAUGAUACAAAUACUAUACCUUUUAAGAGAUACACUUAAGACAGGGGAAAUUAACCAAAUAUAAAAAGUCCUGUAUAGUAAAAGAAGAGGAUUAAGGUUUUCAUUUAUAUUUUUUGUAAUGCAGCAGCAGCAUUCUGAAUCUGAUCAAAUACAACUAGACUUGCAAGCAAAUAGUUCAAUAUUUCAUGUUCUGGUUUGUUUGACUGGCAGUGUAGCUGCACUCAAGGCGCCUUUGUUGGCAACAAAACUACUUGAGAUUCCAGGGGUUGAAGUCCGUGUGGUCACCACAGACCAUGCCACUCAUUUUUACGAUAUCAAUGGAGUCCCUGUCCGUGUGUACACAGAUAAGGAUGAGUGGGAGAUGUGGACAAUGCGCUCUGACCCUGUGCUUCAUAUUGAACUUAGACGUUGGGCAGAUCUUUUAGUGAUUGCUCCACUGGAUGCCAACACACUUGGUAAAAUUGCCAGUGGAAUAUGUGACAACCUCCUAACAUGUGUGGUGCGGGCCUGGGACACCAGCCGUCCUCUGCUUUUUUGUCCUGCUAUGAACACAGCCAUGUGGCAGCACCCUAUCACCGCACAGCAAGUGGCUACACUUAAAAGCUUUGGCUAUGUUGAGAUACCAUGCAUUGCCAAAAAACUGAUCUGUGGAGAUGAAGGUGAAGGUGCCAUGGCUGAGGUUUCAACUAUUGUUGAUACUGUCAAACAAUAUGUCCAGAAACAUCCUGAAUGACCUCCGACGAAACAUACCAGUGGUCAAAAAAAAAAACUUUCUAGAAUAAAAUAAUAAUAAAGGGAAUUGUGCAUUUUUUCUCACAAUUAUGAGUUUAUAUCUU